UCACAUCCCAGUUUGCUGAACUGCGCCAGAUUAUCACUGAGAAAGAGCAGAGCUUACUCAGGGAUCUUAGGGAAGAAGAGAAGAGGAUUCUCGACACAAUGGAGGAAAAUCUUCUAGCUCUUCAAAAGAACAUAAGGGUUAUUCAGGAGGAAAUCACUAAGCUAAGGGAACAGACAGAUCAAAAAGACAGUGUGAUAUUUCUCAAGGAGGAAGCUCAUCGUAACAAGAGGAUUAAUGACGAUGUCCAGGAAUUGUCAGUGACAGAUGAGGCCCUACCGGUUGAAAAAUUCGAUCACCUCUAUUUGUUGAACACAUUGCUGAGAGAAACACUUGAUGCCAUUAAUCGAGUCUCUGUCACCCUGGAUGUGGAAACGGCGAGUCCGUAUCUCGAGGUGUCUGAGGAUCGGAAGAGUGUGAGACUGACCGGGACCCGGAGGAAUCUCCCUGACACCGGGAAGAGAUUCACAAACUGGUUUUGUGUGCUGGGAUCGGAGGGAUUCACAUCGGGGAGACAUUACUGGGAGGUGGAGGUGACGGGGAAUCGGGGCUGGUGUCUGGGAGUCGCCGCAGAGUCUGUGGAGAGGAAGGGACCGGUCAGUCUGAGGCCGGAGACCGGAUUCUGGGUCAUCGGGCGGGUUGAUGACGUGUUACAUCGGGAUUGUGACGUGUUCUGUGUCCCCCCCUCCCCCGAGACCCGUCUCCCGACCGGUCCCAUUCCCAGGAUGGUGGGAGUUUAUCUCAGUUACGAAUCCGGGACAGUUUCAUUUUACAACGCGGAGACCAAGUCCCAUCUCCACACCUUCACUGGGAAUAAAUUCACGGGGAAACUUUAUCCAUUCUUCCGGACUGGGGAUGUAAACCAGUGGCUGAGAAUCUGCUCCGGUUCCGCUCCGGGUCUGUAAAUGGGGCAGGUCACGGGAUCGGCGUCAGGAGUAAAGUCCCUGUAAAUAUAAAUAAUAUGUGGAGAGUGCAGCAAAAUACGUGGCUAAGGAGAUGGUGCAGGAGGGAGGGCUUCAUGUUUCUGGACAAUUGGGCUUUGUUCCCGGGAAGGUGGGGCCUGUUCCGACGGGUCGGUUUGCCCCUGAACUGGAGGGGGAAUAACAUUCUUGCGUGUAGAUUUGCCAGUGCUGCUGGGGGGGGGGGGAGAUUUGUAG